AUGCAGCUGCUAGAGACGUGGGCGACAGCGCGACUCGAGGCUCUAGGCGUCGACCGAGUGUUUGCGCCCUACAUCGUAAGCAUGCUCCCGUCUCCUACAAACAACGACGAAGACUGUAUCGAAGACGCCAAGCGCAACAUCCACGAGGUGCUCAUGGGGUGGCUCGCACCCGAAGACGAGGAAUGUGUGCAGGAGUUUGUCGAUGAGCUGGUGCAGCUGGCAGCGAAUGCCGUGCAGCUUACAGAUGCGGCAACAGCUUUGACGGUACAGUGCAAUGGCAAUGGCUCGCGUGCAAAGGACGAUAUUCAUCAGAUGGUUGACCAAGGAGAAGAGCUCAAGGCCUCGGCGCCGACUUUCGUGCCUCGUCAGUUGCUGUCACCAGCUGUGGCUGAGUUUCACCCGACAACGACGAGACUCGAAGCUGGUUCUGGUCGAGACGUACAGACGAUGCCGUUGUCGCUGUCGCCAAUCGAUGCGUCAACGACUCGUUUGCAGAGCAGAAAGGUCGAUGAGAAGACUGGUACGGACGACGGGGAGCAAGUGGACGAUGAGCAGGACGGUGAUGACGAUGCGAUGCAGAAUGAAGACAGUUUCUUUUGGUCUGUGGCCUACGAGUUAGUGAGCCACUUGCAACUGAAGUUCCAGGAUAUCGAUCCCGAUCGAAUGUGCGAGCUCUUGCGGCUUGUUGGACUGGAUGUGGACAAGGCUCAUGCCGUACUAAAGGUGACGAUUGAGCGUGAGUCGGUCGGACCCAGUCAAGUGUGCCGCCACUACAUGCAAGGUGACUGUCGCCGCGCAGAUUGCAUGUUUCUGCACGACACGGACUCGAUCACGUGUCGCUUCUGGCUGCGUGGCACGUGUUUGCAAGCAGAGCACUGCGUUUUCGCCCACGAUUUUUGUGAAUACUAUUCCAUGGACGAGGAUGCACUGGGCAGGCGCGACUACGAUAGCGAAGACGAAUCGGACCAGAGUAGCGCAUUCCUGGACAUUCAAGCGGAAGACAUGUUCCCGUCUCUCCAGAGCGUCUCGAAAGCUCCUUUUGCUGCGCGACAACCCCAAGGAAAUGGUGACACCAUGUCAUCCGACUUUGCCAUCGAUGCGUACCCGUCGACGAGCGAUGUCGUGGCGAAUCUCACCAUGAACUUUGCUCGCGCUGUAUCACUACAACCAAGACACGCUGGGGUCAAUCCUGGGUCGGGCAAUGGUAGCAAUGGCAUGCAUUCGAAGCGACAACUGCCGCCUCCACCUUCCACGCACCGCCUGCUAUACCACAAGGCUGGGAGCAGUGAAGGCAUUGGGACCAAGUGGCUCUCAACAGGCGAAGCCGUGGCGACACAGUAUCUGAAGCUGCGUGAACAGGCCUAUGGAAUGGCUUGCGCGCGCAACAAAUGCUUCAUGGGUGCCACACAGGCGUAUCGAAGCGGUAAUAAAGCGCUGGCUAGAGGACUGUCAAGGCAAGGGCGCGAGUACAAUACCAAGAUGAAGCACCUUCACUUUUUGGCCGCGUCCGAGAUUUUCGAGUCGCGGAAUCCGCCGAGCCAGUUGUACAUGGAUCGAAUGAUGGACCUCCAUGGACUCCACGUCGCCGAGGCUGUCGAAUUUCUAUCCCAAAUGUUGCCCAAGUUAGCAGAUGAAGGCGUGGACAGCAUCUACUUAGUCACAGGCUCCGGGCACCAUUCCAAGGGACCUGACGGCAACGCGCGUCUACUACCAGCAGUCGAGCGCUUUUUAGUCGGUGAGGGCUACCAGUUUUCACGCGUGGCUGACGGCGCCGGGUUUGUGGGAAUGCUGCUUGUAGAUCUGCAGUGGUAA